AUGGCCUUUAUUUUUCGUGGUUACUUGCGGCUUCUUCAGCGAUGGACGCUUCCUACCCAGAUGGCGACGGCCAGUGUAACAGCUGGGACGGGUGACUUGAUCUGGCAGAAGGGCUUUGAGAAGAAGGAAUGGUCGGAAGUCGAGUUCUACAAGACUAGACGGCUCAUGAUGUACGGUGGAUUGAUUUUUGCGCCCAUCUCGAACCGGUGGCAUUGGGUGCUUAGCAACAUCAACCUGCGCCACAAGGUUGCGACCGUCCUCGCACGAACCGCUACCGACUUAACCUUCUUCUCGCCCUUCGCAACCUGUCUCUUCUACGUUUCUCAAGGCGCCAUGGAGGGCCGACCGCUCCGCACAGACACGACCGACCCGUCGACAGAGGGCAUCUACGAGCGGCUCGAGGACCGACUGUUCCCGACCGUCCUCAAGCAAUGGGCGGUCUUUGGUCCCGCCAACCUGAUCAACCUCUCGGUCGUGCCGCUCUACGCUCGCCCUCCGUUCAUGAACUUUGUCAGCAUCGGCUGGAACACCUUCCUGGCGAGCGCGCAAAACCGCGGCGGGAUUCCUCCGCCCGACCACGUCCUCUCGCGCGAGAUGCAGAUCUCGGUGGCGGCUGCCGAGGUCAUGGAGUGA